GGCAACAGAUUUGAAAGUGGCGGUACUUUCAAAUUGUCAACGGACUUCACUUGGUGCGAGGGACUUGGUGGUGCGUUCGAGCGCCCCCGUGAUACAACGCGGGUCGCGUUCUCACGACGACGCAGCUGUCCGCGACACCCUUUUGUCGGCCAGCGGCAAGCGCGGCGAAGCGGCCACUUCAGUCUUACGAUGCCUCCCCACCUAACCUGCUCGCCAAAGCCUGUCUCAGCAAGCCCUCGGGUCCCUGGCAUGAAGACAACGGCCCGAGAAGAGGCGGAACGCAAGCAUUUAAGCAUUCGAUCACGGCAAUGCGGCGUUUGCGAGAAGGUUUUCAGCUGCAGGUCUGCUGUGCGAUCGCACCUCGUGAUACACACGGGCGAAAAGCCGUACGCCUGCACGGUGUGUGGCAAGAAAUUCCCGCGAAAGGGUGAACUCGUGACCCACACUCGCACGCACACCGGAGUAAGGCCUCAUGAGUGCAGACUCUGUCCCGCCGCUUUCAGCAAGAAAGCGAACCUUCUUCGCCACGCGCUGAGCCACACCGGGCAGAAGCGGUUCGAAUGUUCGGUGUGCGGCCGGAAAUAUACUCGGAAGGAAGCACUCAAUUCUCACAGCAGCACGCACACCGGAGUAAAGCCGCACCAUUGCAAGUUGUGCACGGCUACAUUUCCGCACAAGCAGCGAUUACGAAGCCACAUGCGCACACACACCGGUGAGAAGCCGCAUCAGUGUCCUUCAUGCCCUGCCUCGUUUGCACGCAAGUACACGUUGCAUGUCCAUAUGUUCCGGCACUCUGGCAAGCGACCGUGGGCGUGUGAGCGCUGCAGUAAGAGAUUCUCCGUCAGAGGGAGCCUCCGGCGCCACGUCUGUCGAGCCGUCUCGCGCAACGUAGUUGUUGGGCACCCACAUCCGCGCACCCGCAGUCAAAAAGCAUCGCAUGUGCAGCUUGUGUUCUGAGAGAUUCACUCAGCGCGCCACUCUCAUGGAUUACAUGCGCAAGUCACACUGUACGAAGGAUCCGUGUGCAGAGCCGCGGGGAUUAGCUUUUCUAUGGACUCGUGGCUCUAUGUUGCCUGCAAGCACGCAGUCUCCAUUUUUACGUAGUUCCUCAUAAGUUCACCGAUACGACCGUUCUGGUUUUCUGAAAUGAUGAAACAAUAAAAUCAAUAUUUCUGCUGCA